AUGAGUACUACGAUCGAAUCUCACACCGAACCGCCUGCGCCCAACCAGCCGAGUCCGGCCCCCAGUGCAGCGGGUUCGACAGGAACGUCCGGAAUCACGGUGCGCAAUGGGCCUGCGGGUCAAGCGCUCAGUUUCAGAAGACAACGUGCAUCCCGCGCGUGCGAGACCUGCCACUCUCGCAAGGUUCGCUGUGAUGCUGCCAGUCUAGGAGUUCCCUGCACCAACUGCGUCGCCUUCUCCAUCGAAUGCAAGAUCCCCACUCCCAAACGCAAGAAGACCUCCACCAAGGCCAAGGACGAGAGUCGGUAUGGCGACAGUCCACCAGCCCACAACACUGCCUCCUCGCUGGUCGACGCGGCGGUGGCCCAAUUCCGACCGGAUAACCCCGAUGAUCCAUUCAACCAAGAUUCGGACGGAAAGACGCGGGAGUCUAGCUCGGACGAUAGGGAAGAUGCAUCCUUUGGAUAUCGCAAGGACCGGAUGGCCAACCAGGGCAUGCCCAUAACCUCCUUGACGGAGUCGGAGGCUGCCCAGCAAGCCUCGACCGACAAUGCCUAUGCGCAAUUCAUGAAGCCCAAGUUCGCUCGCGCUCCGAUCAAGGAGGCUGGCCGGGUGGCAUAUCUGGGUGAAUCAUCCAAUCUGUCUCUUUUGGUCCAAGACCGUCAUGGCACUACCGAUGUCGUGCACUAUCCUUUGCCUCCCAAUAUCCGUGGGUCGAGGGCGCGGUUGACCGACCUGGAUAAUCUCGAGAUCGAUAUACUUCACCAACGAGGAGCGUUCCUGCUGCCCCCGAAGCCCCUAUGUGAUGAACUAGUCGACGCCUACUUCAAAUGGGUUGCCCCCAUUGUUCCCAUCAUCAACCGCAGCCGCUUCAUGCGCCACUACCGCGAUCCCAAGAACCCACCCUCGCUCCUCUUGUUGCAAGCCAUUCUCCUGGCUGGCUCACGGGUGUGCACGAACCCACAGCUUAUGGACGCCAACGGCUCGACGACUCCAGCAGCGAUGACGUUCUACAAGCGGGCGAAGGCGCUUUACGAUGCCAACUACGAAGACGAUCGAGUCACUAUCGUUCAGGCUUUGGUGCUUCUAGGCUGGUACUGGGAAGGACCCGAAGAUGUCACGAAGAACGUCUUCUACUGGACCCGGGUCGCGAUGGUCGUUGCUCAGGGUUCGGGUAUGCAUCGCAGUGUCGAGACCUCGCAGCUCAACAAACCUGAUAAGCGACUUUGGAAGCGAAUCUGGUGGACGCUUUUCACACGAGACCGCUCAGUCGCCGUCGCACUGGGCCGCCCGAUUGGCAUCAACACUGAUGAUUCCGACGUGGAGAUGGUCACCGAGGACGACUUCAUCGAGGAUGAGCUGGACAUCCCGGCAGAAUACCCGCCGGAACCGGUGCAUGUACAGUUCUUCCUGCAAUACGUGAAGCUCUGCGAGAUCAUGGGUCUCGUGCUGUCACAACAAUACUCCGUCGCAUCCAAGUCACGGCGCAUGAAUGCGAUGGACCUUACACACUCGGACAUGGCGUUGGCCGACUGGCUGCAGAAUUGCCCCAAGGAAGUUUGCUGGCAGCGAUCGCGUCACCACUUCUGGGCGGCUCUUCUCCAUUCCAAUUACUAUACCACCCUAUGCCUGUUACACCGAGCCCACAUGCCGCCAGCCUCUUCGGCCCCCAACAGCUACCGGGUAGAAGAGAUGGCGUACCCAUCACGGACAAUCGCCUUCCAGGCCGCCGGCAUGAUGACGUCCAUCAUCGAGGGUCUUCAAGCCCACAACGAGAUUCGCUACACCCCUGCCUUUAUGUAUGCUGACCUUUUCUUCUGGAAUUCCCUUGUCUCCUUUACUCCAUCCCUUUCAGCCCAUCCACCUGAUCUAGACCUCGUACUGACAGCUACCUACAGUGUCUACAGCUUGUUCUCCGCCUUGAUCAUGCACGUCUAUCAGAUGCGUUCCUCGGUCCCCUCCAUUGUCGCGACCUGUCAAGAACGCAUCAAUGUGUGCAUGUCGGCCUUGAAGGACGUCUCAAAGGUUUGGCUUGUGGCUAAGAUGGUCAACACUCUGUUUGAAUCCAUUCUUGGUAACAAGGUCCUCGAAGAGCGGCUGCAGAAGGCUGCUGGAAAGCGACACCAACGUCGGCCACACGACAGCGCUGCCCCUGCAAAGGCCUCCAAGCCAGACCCUCCUAAGCGGAAGUUCGAUGACAUGGAUCUGGGUCUGCCUAACGGUGGUCCCACGCCCCCGGUCUCGUACGAACGGUCACGCCCACAGACUCCAGCUGUGACGCCGUCGCGUGAAUUGAACCAGCCUCCUUUGGGUCAAGUCUCCCCGAACCAUCGUGGGCCUCAGGAUCCCAUCAUCGGACCUGGCCCUUCGCGAGGAAACACUCGGCCGACCACACCCUUCAACGCGCAGUUCUCUUUGCCUGCCACGCCGCCCGACUUCUUCCUGGUCACCCGUAAUUCUCCCAAUCUUUCACCAUCACUGUGGGAGAAUUUCCAACCGGACCAGCUGUUCCCCGAUGGGACGGCCAUCUUCCCAGAGCUGACCUCCCCACCUCCACCGGGGACAGUCGAUCCGCAAUUACACAUCCCAUCCCAACUGCAUGCUCCCAAUAUGGGUCCGCGGCCCAUGAUGGGAAAUCCGCCACAGCCUGUACCCGGUCGCAGCAUGUCUGUCUCCCAGGGUAGCCCACAGAUGAUGUCAGGUGUCCCCGGGGCCAUGGGCAUGGGACCUGGAGGACCUCAGCAGAUGUUUGGUAUGGAAGGUCAGCCGUGGCCCAUGCAGGGACUGGAUGGGACGAUGAGUGGUGCGGCGCUGGACGCUGCCAGCCAGGACGACAACUGGAGCAGCAGCUCGCGCAGCGGGCCGACUGCGCCGACGACCUUGAACGUGGAAGACUGGUUCCAAUUCUUCGGCAUUAACGGGGGCUUUGGCGAUCUGGCGGCAUAA